CCGGGGAAGAUGGCGGGAAACGUAACGCGUCUCUCGCAUUCUUCACUCUAGAUACGGGCGCGCCACUUCCAUCUCCUUUUCGAAAGGUACACCUAGCCUAGGGUUUCUCUGUUUCUUCUUCAAUCUCCUAAAACCCCAUCUCUCUAACCCUAGGGUUUUCAAAUUCAUACAACAACGACCACUUGAGUUCAUCAUACUACUAGGGUUUUAUUUGUUUGGCUGAAAAUCCAUGGGCAACAAAGUCACCGACGAACUGGUUUCAACCGUUCGAUCGAUCGUUGGUUUCGACUACUCCGACAUGGACAUAAUUCGAGCCCUUCACAUGGCCAACAACGACGUCACGGCCGCGAUUAACAUCGUAUUCGACACCCCGAGUUUCAGAACCAAAGACAAAUCCCAAGUUUUGAGAAAUCCCGAGGUUUCGAAUCGCAAUUCAAACUCAGAGACCCAAUCAAAAGAUACCAAGUCAAGGCCAAAUGGCAAUGAGACCAAGAAUCGGUCUUUGGGUUCGGGUUCAUCAUCAAACCCUAGGACUAGGACUGUAAGUAAUAAUGAUGUUGAAGCCAUCAGGGAUUUGAGCAAGUGCUCGAGUUCAAUUGGGGGUGAGUGGUGGUUUGUGGGUUGUGUUGAGGUUUCUGGGCUUUCGACUUGUAAAGGUAGGAGGUUGAAGUGUGGUGAUGCAGUGAAUUUCACAUUUCCGUUGAAGAAUGCCAGUUCUACGCCCUCGCCGGGCAAGUUCGGUGGUGGCCGUGGGCGACAAGUGGCUGCCUUUUCUGAGAUUGUGAGGUUCUCUACAAAAGAGUGUGGAGAGAUUGGUCGAAUCCCUAAUGAGUGGUCACGAUGUCUCUUGCCGCUGGUGAGGGACAAGAAGGUUCGGAUUGAGGGUUGCUGUAAAUCUGCUCCUGAUACGCUGGGCAUUAUGGAUACCAUUGUAUUGUCUGUUAGUGUGCACAUCAACAGUUCUAUGUUUUGUAAAAACCACCACACCUCGCUCAAAGCCACUAGCAAUUCCACGGAUGAGUCAGUUGUCCAUCCUUUGCCAACCUUGUUCCGAUUGCUGGGACUGACCCCUUAUAAGAAGGCUGAAUUUACUCCUGGUGAUUUGUACACAAGGAAGCGACCUUUAAAUUCAGAGGACAGCUCUGGUGUUCAUUCUUCACUGCUUCAUGGCAACAAGUUUAAGAAUCCGACUUUGAAUGGUUCUAAAGUUGAAAAUGAGGAGUCCAUUUCAGAUGGUGAUCUUGAGAAUAUUGUUGGUGUUGGUGUUAGUGAUAGCUUUGAGUUAGAGGAAAUGGAACCUCCUAGUACUCUUCAAUGUGAACUUCGCUCCUACCAAAAGCAGGCUCUUCAUUGGAUGAUUCAUUUGGAGAAAGGACAAGGCAUGGAUGAGGCAGCUACAACACUGCACCCAUGUUGGGAGGCGUAUCGUCUUGCAGACAAGAGGGAGCUUGUUGUCUACUUGAAUUCAUUUUCUGGUGAUGCUACAAUGGAGUUUCCAAGCACCCUUCAAAUGGCCAGAGGAGGAAUUUUGGCAGAUGCUAUGGGACUUGGGAAGACCAUUAUGACCAUAGCUCUCCUUCUUGCUCAUUCAGAAAGAGGUGGAUCUUCAAGUAGCCCUUCCACGAAUGAGGCCUUUACUGAAAAUAGUGACACCAGUGAUAUUUCAGAUCAAUCUCCAACUUUACCAAAGAAAGGAUCAAAAUUUGCUGGUUUUGACAAGCUUGUAAAGCGAAAGAACUUGCUUAUUGGUGGUGGCAAUUUGAUUGUAUGUCCUAUGACACUUCUGGGCCAGUGGAAGGCGGAGAUUGAAACUCAUGCACAACCUGGGUCUCUGUCUCUCUAUGUUCAUUAUGGACAAAGCAGGCCAAAGGAUGCAAAAAUUCUAGCUCAGAGUGAUGUUGUACUAACCACCUAUGGAGUUUUAUCUUCAGAAUUUUCAACAGAGAAUGCUGAAGAAAAUGGGGGACUUUACUCAGUGAGAUGGUUUAGGGUGGUGCUUGAUGAGGCACAUACCAUAAAAUCUUCUAAGAGUCAAAUUUCUAUGGCUGCAGCUGCACUUACUGCUGAUCGUCGAUGGUGUCUUACUGGUACUCCUAUCCAGAACAAUCUGGAGGACAUUUACAGCCUCCUUCGCUUUUUAAGAGUUGAACCAUGGGGAAACUGGGCAUGGUGGAAUAAGCUAAUCCAAAAGCCUUUUGAGGAGGGUGAUGAGAGAGGAUUAAAGUUGGUUCAAUCAAUCUUGAGGCCAAUUAUGUUAAGAAGAACAAAGUUUAGCACAGACCGAGAAGGCAGGCCAAUUUUAAUUCUCCCACCAGCAGAUGUGCAGGUGAUUUAUUGUGAACUGACAGAAGCUGAAAAAGAUUUCUAUGAAGCUCUAUUUAGAAGAUCCAAGGUGAAAUUUGAUCAAUUUGUUGAGCAAGGACGGGUUCUCCAUAAUUAUGCUUCUAUUUUGGAAUUACUGUUACGUCUUCGACAGUGUUGUGAUCAUCCAUUUCUUGUGAUGAGUCGAGGUGAUACUCAAGAAUUCUCUGAUCUGAAUAAGCUUGCCAAGCGUUUCCUUAAGGGUGGUCAGGAAGUUGUGGAAGGGGAGGCCAACGUUGUGCCUUCACGGGCUUAUAUUCAGGAGGUAGUAGAAGAGUUGCGGAAGGGGGAACAGGGAGAGUGCCCAAUAUGCCUUGAAGCUUUUGAAGAUGCAAUAUUGACACCUUGUGCUCAUCGCUUGUGCCGAGAAUGUCUAUUGGCUAGUUGGCGGACUCCUACAUCUGGUCUUUGUCCUGUUUGUAGGAAGAGUGUCAGCAGACAGGAUCUUAUUACGGUGCCAACCGAUAGUCGAUUUCAGAUAGAUGUUGAGAAAAAUUGGGUGGAAUCAUCCAAAGUUGCUGCUCUGUUGCAGGAGCUAGAAAAUCUUCGCUCAUCAGGCUCUAAAAGCAUCGUUUUUAGCCAAUGGACAGCUUUUUUAGACCUUUUGCAGAUCCCUCUUUCGCGGAGUAAGAUUCCAUUUGUUCGUCUAGAUGGUACUCUGAAUCUACAACAACGUGAAAAAGUGAUAAAGCAAUUUUCAGAAGAAAGUGAUAUGCUGGUGCUACUAAUGUCAUUGAAGGCUGGUGGAGUUGGAAUAAACCUAACAUCGGCAUCCAAUGCCUUCGUCUUGGAUCCGUGGUGGAAUCCAGCUGUCGAGGAACAAGCUGUCAUGCGCAUUCAUCGCAUUGGGCAAACUAAAAGUGUAAUGAUCAAACGGUUUAUUGUGAAGGGCACGGUUGAGGAAAGAAUGGAAGCAGUGCAAGCCCGGAAGCAGCGGUUGAUCUCUGGUGCUUUAACUGACCAAGAAGUUCGAACUGCACGUAUUGAGGAACUGAAGAUGCUUUUCACUUAGACCAGGGAACCGAAACAAGACUUAUUUUCAGAACAUCAACUUAUGCGCUUGAGGUUCAGGGUUUUGCUCAUAAUACUUUAUGAAAAAUUGGGAUAUAGAAUACCACAAACAUUGGUAACCCUCGUUCUGGCACAAAAUCAUUGGAUUGAGUGGACUGGAAAGCCUAAUCUUGUUCAAGUCGGUACAUUCACCUAUUGGCAGAAACAAAAACAGGCAUGUGGAUUGAAUUUGAAUGGAAGCUAUUAGUCGAUAUGAGGCUUGCUUUGGCUGAUACCUUGCCAGUUCUAAUUUAAUUGACAGAAUCGACACGGAAUGGUCAUCCUUGUACAUUCAUGUUAAGGAAGGUACGAUGGAGGCCGGUGUGCGAACAAGAAGUGUGGAUCAUGAAGAUAUCUUUUAGCCUUCAUGAUUUGAACCAAUAAUACAUCCAAAUGUAUUUUUGCAUAUUGUAUGUAAUCUUUAUGUAAAGUUGAUCAUGUUAGCAUCUGUUUUGUAAAACAGAUAUUGAUUGAACAUGUCACAAUUUUAAUAUUGGAACUUCAGUUUGUCAUGGUUCGGGAAGGACAGUGCGACACCUAAGAAUUCCAGUUUCCACAAA